AUGAGUAGAACUUUGUCCUUUCUUUAUCAUUUGGGGCUUAUUUAUGACAGUUUUGGAAUUACGUGUAAAGGAAGCACUCCUGCGCAAAUGACUCCAGAAUUGGUGGUGUCGAAUGUACGUAAAGUACACCAAUACGUUCAAUCUACAGUGCGCAAAGUCAAGGAAAGUAAUCAACUAAAGGAAGAUGCGUCGACGAAUGGUCCUCAAGGAACUGUUUCCAAAAAAACGCAGACCUCAAUUGAGCUUUUGUUGAAAGGUAUGACCAAUCUUAUGAUAAAUCUCGAAAAAGUAAAUCCAGAAUUCAAGUACAACGUUGUUUUCAAAACAUUGUUAACAACUGAAGUAGAAAAUCUGCAUGCAGUGUCACACUUUAAGAAUGAGACAUUUAGUACUCUUCAGUACGCCAUGGACUUUGGCACUAUAGCAAAAGAAUGUCUUAAACGAGUUUCUAAAUGGGCGGCAAAGUACUUCACCCAUCCAGCGUCCUAUUAUCCAGUUCUCCAAACAGGAAUGUUGCUCGGUGACAUCAAGUUUAUGUCGCCACUCCCAUCCAAGACGCUCCCCAAUAGGGAGGAAGAUGCAAUGCGGGGAUGGGUUGACAACUUCCGCACUGUGAGG